ACUGAAAAGGAUUUCUAUUUUAAAACAGAAAGUUUGACAUGCAGUUUAAAAUGUCUCAUGGAAUAAUAAUCAACGGGUCAAACCAGUUCAAUUAAAGGCUUCGUGAUCGGACAUGUCCCUGCUGUUUGCGCGCUGCUCCAGACGCGCGCCUCCCCUUUCCCCUCCUGCCUCCUGCUUGACGCGCGGGGGAUGUCUGUCGGUGGAGAGGAUAACCGUUUGUUUCAUCGACUUCUGCAUCGUCGGGGUUAGAAAACACCUGACAAGUGUGGUGUCGGCACCGAGCACACAACGACUGUUUGUCCUGACACCUGUCAAAUCCAUCCUCUGGUCUCUUGUUUGCUCAUGAGCAGCUGGACGAAGUCCGCCAGGAAUUUAACCGACUCAAUUCCACUAAAACCUUCAGCUAAAAAGACAAAGGAGAGACUAAAAUAAAGACAAAUGAAGACCGGCAGAGAAAGGCAACUCCUCGUGUUGAAGGCUGAAUUUUUUAAAGAAUAGCUCAGUUUUGUCCACUUUUCUACAUGUCUGCUCAGCGUCUCCAUCAGCAUGCCAACAUCAGAUUACAAAUAUGGGAGCAACACACAAACCGACCAUUUUAACAGCUUGCAGAGUUUGUCCCUGGCUGUAAUUUACGGGAGAAGAUCAGCCAGGACGUUUUUAGACUUCAGGCAUAAAAAUGCCCCCAAUAGACUGGAUGUCAAGUGUGCUCCCUUGUUGUUUGUGACUAACUUAAGGCGCUUCUCAAAAGCAAAAGUAGUCAGCUUCUUCCUUGGCUUGACGCUGACGUUUCUCAUCAUGACUUCGUACACACUGAUGCUGGAAAAGAAAAGACUUCCGCUCAUCUCCGCUCCCUUUCGGCCCAAUCUUCCAGUCAUUCCAACAAGCACAUCCACAGGGGAAGUGUCUACUGAAGAGAACUUAAUGAGCAAAGAACUGCUGGUGAAGAUCAUCAGCUCCAUUCAGAAACACAAACCACGGAGGGUGCCGGAUAAAAAGGAAGUCACUGAGACAGAUUCCAAUCUCUUUUCGGUAAUUCCUCCGCAAUUUUUGCCGAACAUCAAGAGCCCGUGCUGGUAUGAAGAAGUGUCAGGUGAAGUCAGAGCAGAUCCUUAUAAGAAGAAUCGCUUUUGCCUGCGCUCAAAAAGCUUUAGGAACACGUGUGACCGGCUUGGAGCCAGUUUUCAUCAACAUCUAAGCCACAAAGACGGAAAACAGUUUCGCCUUCGCUGUUUGCCGUAUUUUUAUAUUAUUGGCCAACCAAAGUGCGGCACAACUGACUUGUUCCACAGACUGCUGAUGCACCCAGAGGUCAAAUUUAACUCCAUAAAGGAGCCACACUGGUGGACCAGGAAACGAUUUGGUUAUAUCCGCUUCAAAGACGGUUUCCAGGAGCGUUUUCCUCUGCAAGAUUAUCUGGAUCUGUUUGACUUGGCAUCCCACAAUAUCCAAGAAGAAGUCAGUGGAAAUUCCUCUGUUAACCAACAAGCAAUUCAUAUUAUAACAGGUGAGGCUAGUGCCUCCACAAUGUGGGACAACCAAGCUUGGAGUUAUCUCCAUGGUGCUGAACAUGAAACAGAGCCGUACCUCCUGGUCCAGGAUUUCAUCCACACUGUCCAGCCAGAUGCCAAAAUCAUUAUUAUGCUGAGAGAUCCAGUGGAGAGGCUUUACUCUGACUACUUAUACUUUAUUUUGGCAAACAAGUCAGUGGAAGACUUCCAUCACAGAGUUAAAGAAUCCAUCCAGCUGUUUCAGGUCUGCCUCUCUGAGAGGUCACUACGAUCCUGUGUCUACAACACCAGCCUUUACAACAUCAUGCCGGUCAGACUACAUCUAGGGCUGUACUUUCUUUUUGUACUGGACUGGCUGUCAGUUUUCCGCAGAGAUCAGAUUCUAGUUCUACGGUUAGAAGACUAUGCAAACAACUUCAAAGAAACAAUUAAGAAAGUAUUUAACUUUCUAAAAGUUGGACCCCUCUCUCUACACCUGGAAGCAGCUCUGACCAAACGGCCCAUGUCUAACACACGACGGGCUCAAGACAGAAAUCUCGGUCCAAUGCUUCCAGCCACCAGAAGCCUCCUCUGCAAAUUUCACCAACCCUUCAACUAUGAACUGGCCAGACUGUUAAACAGCAAAGCCUUUCUAUGGAAAGGUAGCUGAAAGGGGAAGCACAGAGUUAAAAGAUUUGUUUGAACCAGGAAGCCACACUUGGAAUGCCUGAAGUGACUGUUGGAAAUCUCCUAACUUUACUUGUGUGUGUUUCAAAAUCAUUGCAUAAAAUGAGCUGAAAAGUGCUUAAAUUGAACAAUAAAAUAAACAUUUUCCAAGCUUUUUUUUAAAAAAAUUAGAAUUUCACAAAAUGCUAAAUUUGUGUGUACAUUGCAACUUAGUUUAUGAAGGAGAUUUCCUAAAGUUUUCGUACAUCACAGUCAAUCUAAACAUGAUGUGAAACAAAGUACUAAGCCAAAGGGUUUGCUAAAGUAGCUGAAUAUGAUUCUUUUAAUGUAAAAAAUAAGUUCAAAUGAGUACAUGAUGAGAAAAAGUAAAGUCAGUACAACUUCUGCAGUUUAGAUUAUCCAGAACUUGAACAUAAUGGAAUAAGGUAGCCUUGUUCCCUGAGCCAUUAGAAGGUCCUUCAUUGGACGGUCACAAUUUGGAGGAAAUGAUUGUAAACUGCUUGGAUUUUUAAAUGCUACUCGGGGCAAAACUUUGAAAUGUGCUUAAAAAUUAAAAAGGGUAAAAAUAUCAAGUGAAAAUUUAAGCAAGAUUGUGUCGUUUUUGAGAAAAGGAAGUUUAUAAGUGUCUUAAUAUCUAAUGACCAUAAUAUCCUAUAAAAGCAUAAUAAAUGAGCCAUAAUUGAUCAUUGUACCAAAAUGGCUUCCACAAAGCAUAGAUCACCUUUUGAAAGCCUAUUCUAAAUGUGUAGAACAGGAGCACGCAGACAUUUAGUGUGUAAUAAAACAUAAUACAGAAUUGAUGUAUUUUGUGGUCACUGUAUCAAAAGCUGCUGCAAUCACAUUUGAUACGACUGAAUAGUUCUUAGAUUCUGCAAUCAGGAAUUGCAUAAUUCUGAAAAACAUUAUCAAUGUACUUCUGCUCAGUUUUGUGUUGGAAGGUAUUUUUCUGAAAGUCUAAGUAAGUUUACUCAUUUCAAUGUGAGGCAACAUUCAAUACAACAAACAACUGAAGAGCUGCUACUACUUAGAACCAGCUUUCAUGUUCAGGGAUUAAGCACAAGAGGGCACUAAAAUUCUGAUCAAAACUCCACAUCUGUCACCAGAAAUGCCUCCAAGUGUUUUAUAUUAUUUUUCCUUUUAUUACUGUCUCUUUUGGACUUAUAAAACCACAAUAAAAGACAAAAAACUACA